AUGGAGUAUUGGGUACAAUGCUUUGAGGAUGAUGAGUUUACGAAGGCAGAUUAUGAAAGUUUAGAGGACAAAUUUGUGGAUAAUAAAGAGGCGUACAACACAAAUGAAGUUGAAGAAAUUAAAGAUUCAAAAGUUGAAGGAGAACUUGAAAUGGUGAAUGAGGAAAAGGUAAGGAAAUGCAUUGAAGAAAAGGUUGAAAAAGUGGAGGAGAAUGAAAUGGAAAGAGAAAUUAAAGAAGAAGAAAGUGCUAAAGAAGAGACAAAAGUUGAUGAAAUUGUUGAGUUAACAUCUUCAGGAAAGCUUCCUGACUAUUGGAUGCAUAUGAAAGGAUUAGUCACUCUUGAUUUGUCCAGUAAUAGUUUUUAUGGGAGAAUUCCUCACUCUAUUGAUUUCCUAACUCAGAUGCAAAUUUUGCACUUACGAAACAAUAUUUUAGUUGGGGAAUUGCCUUCAUCUUUGCAGAACUACAGAAACUUGGUAACCAUGGAUGUCGGAGAGAAUAAAUUAUCUGGAAUAAUUCCAUCGUGGAUGGGUACACACAUUGGUGAGUUGAAAAUGUUAAAAUCUUUCGAUUUGUCUAGAAACCAGCUUUCUGGUGAGAUUCCAACAAGCAUCACUCGUUUAAAUUUUCUCACUGUGUUGGAUUUGUUGAAUAAUAUAUUGUCUAAGAAAAUUCCGUUAGGCACUCAACUGCAAAGCUUUGAUGCCUCUGUAUACGCAGAGAAUUAUGAACUUUGCGGACUUCCACUUCCAAAUAAGUGCCCAAGAGAUGAAACAACUCCUGAUUCUUCUCGUGGUAAAGAAAACAUCAUUGAAGGAGAUGAAGAUGGAUUUAUAAAUUGA